AUGCGAGUCGGUGGGAGAAUCGAGCAAUCUACACUCAACUACAACGCCAAGCACCCGAUUCUGAUACCUAAAGAUACACCACUAGCUGGACUGCAUGUCUCCUAUCUGCACACUGGAGUUGAUGAAACGUUCACCAAUCUUCGUCAGCAGUACUGGAUUCUGGGAGCCCGCAAUCUCGUCAGAAAGGCAGUCUUCCAAUGCAAAUCCUGUUUUCUUCAACGAAAGGGCACAAGCAACCAGAUCAUGGGAGAGCUACCAAUUCCUCGAGUUCAAGCUAGCCGCUGCUUUCAACAGGGCUGGACUACGCUGGACCGAUCGCAAUCAAGGAAUCAAAAGGAAGAACUCCACGCAUCGGAAAGGCAUGGUUUUCUAUUUUCGUGUGCCUCACUACAAAGGCACUUCACAUCGAGGUUGUUAGUGAGCUAA